UGAAAAGGAAGAUGAAUUGCUAACUUCCACUUUUAACACCAGAAACUUUUGACUCUCACGGCUCAAAAGAAAAGACUGCACUAAAAAUCCCUACUGGAAACCCUACGUCUGGAUGCCCCGCCUCUGAAGGGCCUUGCUGUGCUUCCGUUCCCAGCUUUCUACAGAGCAGGCCCCCGCUGGGCACUGUCUUAUUUAACUGUGCCUAAUUCAACUCUUCGUACCAAAACAGUCCUGCAGAGUCAGUAACCCCCCUGGAAAUCAAUUUCUUUUUUUUUUUUAAGGAACGUUCUGAACAUACGAAGAUGGACAGAAUUACAUGACGCGAGGACAGAAUUACGUAAUGUAAUUCAGCCAGAGGAGAGGCCCCUGAGCACAGGACCAGGACCGCUGACUCUGCCCAGGCUCCUGCACCGUCCCAGCAAACACACUCCUCCUGCGCUAGAUUUAGGAAGCCUCCGAGCGCGAGGCGGAGCGGGCAGAAGCAACCCUGUCCCACCUCUCCAGCCAAAAUAAGGAGCAGGAAAGCAGGCUCUGCCACUUCCUGGCUGUGUGACCUCAGCGGGGGCCAUCCCUGCCCACUCCGGAGGGAACUGCUGGAUGCUCUGUGAGGGCCCUGGCCUCUCGGACUCUGUCAACGGGCACAGUAACCACCACUGAGCAGUUUAGAAUACAAUUCGCUUAAUCCCAACCCCCCUGGAGGCAGACCCCACUGCUGUGUCCCUGUCACAGAAGAGGCCAGCGAAGCCGAGAGAGGUUAAAUAACUUAGCCAAGGCCAACAAGCUUACAUCAUGAACCCCUGGGAGCCCUGCACAGAACACUCCCAGGACAGGGGAGCCCAGCCAGGGAGGAGGGUGACACCUGGUCUCAGAUAUUUCUAUAGGUCCUCGUCGAAUCCCCACUACCUGCGAAUAAGACAGAACAGGCUGCGUUUCGUGGGGAGGGUGGCUGGAAGGGGUGUCUCUGGGUGCCACCUCCCGCCCCAGCAGCUCCACAGAUGACAGGACUAGCUCGCUCAGUGACAUGGAGCGGCCGAAAGAGUCACAGCAGCGUCGGUGACUUUCUGGACCCACAUCGGACCCCUGCCCCACUUUUUCUUGCAGAACGACUCGGCAGGAAAAUAUCAUCCAUUCAUCUAGUCAUUCACUUAAUAUUUAAUGACAUUUUCUAUCAAAAUUCCCAAUGCAAAUAUCCUUGUAACGGUGCAGUCCCGCUUCGGGAAUGUGUCCUGUGGGUGUACUCACUCUCAUGCUUUGUCAAAUCUGCACGAGGUGACCCAGUGCUGGAAAUGAAAAUACCCUGGAAACAGCCCAAAUGAUCAUCGACAGGGGACCGGUUACAAAAAUCAUAGCGCGGCCAUCCGGCGGAAGAUUAUGCAGCCGUAAAGGAAAGGGUAUAGACUGGCACCCCCAGUCUAUACUCUUAUGGAAGAGGCUACAAAAUAGCUCAGUGUGUUUUACCAAGCAAGGUACAGAGCACUGCGUAGUGUGCCACCUUAACAUAAGAAAGAGAGGAAGAAAAGAACAUAUAUAUUUCCUUGGAUAUGCAUACACACACACCCCCUUUGUUCGCCUGACCUAGACCUUCGCCCCUGGCAGGAGCUGUCCUAGGUCCUGGCCCUCUCCUACACAGAGCCUUUGUUUUCUUAUGCAAACGCCCAGGUUCCGCUCCUAAAAUUAUCCAGGCGAGCAGGUCUCGAGAGGACGCCUCAUGGAAAAUUACAGAAACACAUUUCUUUGUAUUUGAAUACUUCCAGGACGUUACGCUGGCAGCAGCCGGACUCCGGGGGAGACCUCGGCUUCCUCAGCCUCCUCGUGCUGGGAACCGCUUGGGUGCCUGGUGACGCCAGGCACUUCUCAGAAUAGAGUUUUUAAAUACACAAGAUAAAAUGCCUGGAAUCGCAGUGGAAAUCAAUUAUGUUGAAACGGACUUAAUAAAAUGUUUCUGAAGUUACUCCAAACUUCUUUAUUUGCAAGUUAAAUAACAAGAUCCAGCACUGGGUCUAAUUACUGUAAUUUUGAGGGGAGGCUGAGAAAAAUGAUGUCUCAAGAUGUCUGCAACCACUGUAACAUGACUUGGAAAUCUGUGUGAUUUCUGUUAAUGACAGAGCCACAGGACAUGCUGAGUAUCAGAGGUCAGGGGAGACAGAGAUGCAAUCCGCUGCCCGCCCAUCCGCCCCCACAUAGAAAAUUCUAGUCCUUGUCAGCUUCAGGCUGGGCUUUCUAUUCCGACCUCAGCAUAUCCCUGGCUUAUAUCUGUGGUGGGAAGACCAACUAGCAAUUACGAGCACGGUGGAUCUCUUCCAUGUCCCCUGGCUGGAGUGGACACCCCACUUCCAAGGCUGGAAAUUGUUUAUAAAAGUGAGGUUCCCAGUGGCUGACCCCCCAGAAACACUUGCCACGCGCAUGACCCUGAGCAGAGAGCGGGGACUGCCGUACUUCACUCCCUCCCCACGUGGGGCCCGUGGGCACCCCAGAUGGGGAAGGAGCUGACCAGCUUGAGGUCACGGGCUGGCCUCAGGCCCUUCCCGUUCCUCUAAAUCACAUGUACCCCACAGCCGCCCUCAGCGUUUUUAUCUCGAUUGGAGGUGGCCACGAUGAAGUCGGAGCAGCAGUCAUAACAGAAACGGUUGUUAGGCCAGCACCCUCGGUGCCAUCAUCGCCAAGGCGACGGCUGAGCCUGACCGCUUGUGUAAUUUCAGACACUGCCUAAGGACUUAACACCUUCCUAACGACAGCCGUUUUGAUUGUCCCUGCUUCAGAGAUGAAGACACCGAAGCCCAGAAAAGUUGUCGUCAUUUGCUAGAGGCGACGUAGCUCGUCAGCCGGAAUUGGAACCAAGGAAAUAUGGCUGUAGCCACAUCCCAUGAGUGCAGAGCUCCGCGAGCUCUCACGAAGCAAACGCGCUCAUGUAGCCCGCCGUCCAGACCAAAAACUAGACGCCGGCAGCCCCGGUCACCAUUCCCUGCCCAGGCGACCACCGCCUGACGGGUAUCGCCCUCUUGGAUUCACAUAGACCUCCCCUCAUCUUAACCACGAUGCUAUCGCAUUUGUCCUCGCAGUGACCUAGAGACUAGGACAUACGUCCCGAAGGGAAGGAGGGGUUAAUCGGCACAGAACGUCGCCAGAUUGUAAGUGGCCUCGGGGAGGGAGCGCACGUGGAAUCCGGGUCCCUCGCCUUGCUGACGGCGGCAUCACUGUGGGCUUCGCCAAGGCUGGUCUUAGCCGUGAAAAGCACAGCAGCUUGGGGAGAAAGGCCAGUCCAGGGGGCAGCUCAUCUGCUGGUUGGAGGUCAUUUGCUAGAGGUGACAUAGCAAGGUGACCCUGCCCGCAGUGUCUCCAGUCAGCCAAGGUGCCACCCCAAAAGCGUGAUAGUAGUGAACCAGCCACCGGCCCGGAGGCGACAAUGGGGCUUCUGUGUGCUGCCAGCAGUCGGGGCGGGCGUGGGCUCAGGCAAAUGAGCAGGGCCACACAGAUAUAGGGGCGAGGGGCCUGGGCUCUGCUUCCCCUCCAGAGCCGGCCAGAUGGAGGGCAGCCCGAGGCAGCUCAGCCUGGGGAGGGGGCUCGAGGGGGCGGCGGACGGCCAGGCCCUGGCCAAGCUGCAGGAGCUGGCCCUGAGGUGGUUCAUGGAGACGCAGGCCCCCCUCAUUCUGCAGGACGGAGCCCUGCCCCCCUGGUUCCACGGAUUCAUCACCCGCAAGCAGACGGAGCAGCUGCUCGGGGACAAAGCUCUUGGCUCCUUCCUCAUCCGCCUCAGUGACCGGGCCACCGGCUACAUCCUGUCCUACAGGGGGGGUGACCGCUGCCGACACUUCGUCAUCACCCAGCUCUCAAACCGGCGCUACCUCGUCUCGGGGGACACCCGCAGCCACGGCAGCCUGGCCGAGCUGGUGCGGCAUUACCAGGAUGUGCAGUUUGAGCCCUUUGGGGAGACGCUGGCUGCUGCCUGUCCCCGGCCAGAGGACAAUGACCUGUACGAUGCCAUCACGCUGGGCCUUCGCCAGCCCAGCCCAGGCCUGGAAAAGCCACUGGCCACGGCGUCCGCCACGGAGGUCGCAGACAGGGCCGCUGGCCCCUGCCCCCCGCCCAAGCCCCAGGUGUCCUUCCUGCCCACGAGGAAGAACCCGGAUGGGCGUCCCAGGAACGUGUCGGGGGAGGAGAGCAUGGAGGUCCCCAUCGGGGUGCCCCCCCUCCCCAAGAGGAGCGCCUCCCUUCUGGACGAGUCUUUCGGAGGCACCAGCAACGUCGUCUACGCGGACCUGAGGAAGCGGAAUCAGAUGCGCCUGGGGCGGGGUGCGGAGGGGUCCGGCGAGCAGGGGCAGGGGCCGGCGGGCAGCCGGGCCUGCUCCCCAGGCAAGGAGGCCCCGAGGAGCCCCCUCGACGGGGGCCAGAGCGGGCCUGCCCUCGCUGCGGGGGACCCAGGCCGGGGCCCUGCAGUGUCUCCCACCUCCUGGGGCCUCCUCCUGCCCCCCAGUUCUGAGGCUCUGGGACCCUUGGCUGCUACCUGGAGCCAGGGGUCUCCGAAGCUGCGCCACAGGGCCCAGCCCUGCUCCCAGGGCCGUUGUGCAGACACCUACGAACUCGUCCAGACAGCAGCCCCGGAGGAGGCCGGGGAUGCGGCCGACCAAGGCGCCUACCAGCAGAUCCCAGUCCACUGGGGCGGCUCUGCCCGGCCCCCCUACCCUGGGGCCAGUCUCACAUGCAGAGAGCUGUCGAGAUCCCCAGACUGUGGCUACGAGGGGACCCCCGAGCUCCCAGAGCCCAGGAACGCUUACGAACAAAUCCCAGCAGCCAAGAGCAGAGACGCCGGGCGGACGCAAAAGCCUGACAAGCCCCGGAGGUUCUUCUUUGUGGACAAGAAGCACCGAGCCUGAGGGCCUGGCUUCCAGCAGCCCACAGCCCGGGAUUCCGGUCAUCCAGCCAGGGACGCCCAGCUCACCGGAAGGUGGCCCCCAGCCCGUCAGACCCCCCAGCCUGCGGCAGAGCCAGACUCAGAGAGCGGCCUUCUGGCUGCCCGCUGCUCGGGCUGCGUCCCAUCCCCCAGGGCCUGUCACCCACCGCGGAAGGAGAUCAAGGCCGCAGAGGAGCCGACUCACGCCCUCCCCUCCGAGCCCCUGGCCCAGCAGGCAGCCCACCUCCGGAGCCCCAAGGGCCCUGCCCAGCACCAGCUCCGGAUGUGGGGACACGCCUGGCCUACGGCCACCAUCAGGCCAGGCUGCUCGGCCUGGAUCCCCUUCCUCUGUCCCACGGGCCCUCUUCCCCGUGUCCCCACCUCCCUAAGGGGGACAGCUUGCUGCUCCCCGCCCUGCCCCAGGCAGAGCUGGCUCAGUCCCCACGGGCGGGGAGCCCCCCGCCCAGAGGCCUCCGGGGUUGUCAGGACUAUGUACGGCGACCAGCCUGGGCCUGACACAGGGCGGGCGCCCACAAACGUUCAC